AUUCUAUAUAAUUCAAACCCAAUUAAAAGAACAAGUUUCCUUUAGUUGUAGAAAAUGACUACCACAAAUCUCGCGGUGUGAAACUGCAAAACAAAUGUGGGAAAAAUUGGAGGUCACCUACGAAGGAACCGUGCAGGUUCAGGAGGCCAAAAUCGACCACCUCACUCACGAGUACGAACUCUUCUCAAUGAAGGAAAACGAGAAGAUUGAGGAAAUGUUUGAGAGGUUCUCUAACAUCAUUAAUACUUUCAAUCUUCACGGGAAGACAUACACCGACCGAGAACUCGUGAGAAAGGUUCUACGAAGCUUAUCCCCAAAAUGGCAUUCAAAGGUGGUUGAAGAGAGGAGCAAGAGGUCUAUUGCUCUACCCGCAACAACAUCAACCCACAACAACGUUGAUGAUGAAGAUGAUGACAGCAACGACACCGACCUCGGACUCUUCGUCCGAAAAUUCAAGAAGAUGAUGCUCAAGAAGGGAGGCAAGAAGAACACUCCACCUAAGUGCUAUGGGUGUGGUGAAAUUGGACACAUUAAACCAAUGUGUCCGAAGCUCAAGAACGAGAAGGACAAGAGGGCACCGAAGAAGCAACGUGCCUACAUUUCUUGGGAGAACGACGGCUUCGGGAGUGAAGACUUGGAAACGGAGGAAGUAGCCAACUUGUGUCUCAUGGCCAUUGAGGAUGGUGAAACAUCAAAAGAGGUGUGCUUGAAGGCUUCGAGUACCUCUUGGUAUCUCGAUAGCGGAUGCUCCAAGCACAUGACCGGAGAUGCAUCCAAAUUUAGGAGUUUAGAAUAUUUCAAAGGUGGCGAUGUCGUUUUUGGUGACAACAACAAAAGAAGGAUCAUUGGAAGUGGCACCGUCGGAAGAGACAAUGCUACAACCGUUGAGAACGUUCUUCUUGUUGAGGGCCUCAAGCACAAUCUUCUUAGCAUUAGCCAAUUGUGCAAUAGAGGAAUGGGAUCAUUAAAUAAACUUAAAACCCUAAUUUUAUAUACAUACGCGUGUUCUUACGGAGACCAUACGCGUCUCAUCCUCCCCUGCCGUUCGACCACGCCGGCGUCGCGCGAGCCAGACCUCCGCCUCCUCGCCGCACCAGCCAACUCUGUCAAUCGCUCACUGCCAACAUCAGCGCCGCCGACCACGGUUCCCAAUCCUCGAGCUGCGGUCGUCGCCUCCAUUACCGGUGUCGUUCUCGCCGUCGAGUUGCAGCGCCGCCACGCCGAACGCGGGUCACCGCCAAUCGCCGCUGCUUCUCCUUCGCCAGAAGUCCGCCGCUCAUCGCCGUCGAGUUGCAGCGCCGCUAGUUGCCGCUCAUCGCCGUCGAGUUGCAGCACCGUCAGUCGCCGCUCAUCACCGUCGAGCGCCGCCAGUCGCCUCCAGCCGUCGUCGACCUUAGCUCAGGUCACGUUUGACUUAGGCUUUGACUGGAUAUUCUGUCGACAAAGAAUGAGUCAAGAAUCGACCCAUGGUCAGUACGUUCCGGAGCCGGAGCACAUGAGCGUGCACACGGUGAACACCGAGGGUUGGAGUUUCACGCCUCCGGGUGACGGAGGGCAGCAGCAGAAUCAACCUGAGCCAGCGGGACAGCCACCAGUUGUACCACCCCCAGUCGUACCACCUCCAGUGAUACCACCGUUGGUGAUGCCGCAGGUGGCCUACGAACAUAUGUUCCCGGCCAUGAUGGCCCAUUAUAUGCAGCACAUGGCGCAGCUUAUGCCCAUGUUCCAGCCACCGCCACCACCACAGCCGCAGCCGCGCAUCGUUACCUUCAAGACAUUGAAGGAUAAUGGAGCGGAAGAGUUUCGCGGAGACAAGAUGGGGGAGCCCCAGAUUGCGUUGGAUUGGCUUGAGCAGAUGGACCGAGUACUCAAGAAUUUGAGAGUCCCUGAUGUAGAUCGCUCGGAGUUGGUGUCACAGAUGUUCCGGAAGGGACCAUAUGAUUGGUGGAAGCGCAUUGACCAGGAUCCACACACGCCUAAGCCAUGGACCUGGGAUCGCUUUGAUCGAGCUUUCACGAAGGAGUACGUCCCCACCCGGUACCGCAAGGAGAGGCGCGAUGAGUUCGUCAAGAAGCUACGGCCGGACUUGAGGUCAUACGCCGCGCUGAUCACGACGACAUAUUUUAAUGCGGCGUAUGAUUUGAUUGUGAAGACGGAGAAGAGCUUGGACGAUUUGCAUGCGACCAAGAAGGAGGAUCGAGCGACGAAAGACCCGCGACCCGCGGCCAGCACCGGGCCGAGCAGGAAGAGUUUUGGAUUCGGGGGAAAGAGGUACGAGAAGGGGUCUUCAAGUGCGCCGCCGCCUAAGAGGAGUAAGUCGAAGCCGUCUCCGUUGGCCACCACUAGCAACGCGAUGAGAACGAGGAGCCACCCGUAGUGUGUACAGUGUGCUUUCUAGAGCCACUUGUGUGAAGGUUGAGUUGUUCUUGAGCGUACUUAGUUUACUCAUAAUCUACUCUAUAAGAGAGUCUCGUUCUUGAGUGUACUUGUGUUCUUAGACACGUUGAGAGAUAGUAUCUCUCUCGGUUGAUUCAAAGGAAGGUCUGUUUCCUUUGAAGGAUUCGUUGAGGUUCGUGUG